GACCACAAACAGUCUCGCUGAUACUGUCCACUUACCAGCAUGGCCACAUCACCCGUCACCGCCGACUUCUCGUCCCCACCCCUCAAGCGCAGCAAGAUCGUCCUCCUAGGAGACCAGAGUGUCGGCAAGACCAGUCUAAUCACAAGAUUCAUGUACGACACGUUUGACAACACCUACCAGGCGACCAUAGGCAUAGACUUCCUGAGCAAAGCCAUGUACCUCGAGGACCGAACUGUGCGGUUACAGCUAUGGGACACCGCAGGGCAGGAACGGUAUCGUUCGCUGAUUCCCUCAUACAUCCGCGACUGUUCCGUCGCAAUUGUGGUGUUCGAUAUCACAAAUCGGCAGUCGUUCAUGUCGACUUCCAAGUGGAUAGACGAUGUCCGAUCAGAACGAGGGAACGACGUCAUCAUUGUUUUGGUGGGCAACAAGGCUGACCUGUCAGACAAACGACAAGUCACCCUGGAGGAGGCCAACGCAAAGGCUGCACAGCUUGACAUCAUGUUCAUGGAGACCUCUGCAAAGGCCGGACAUAACGUCAAGUCCCUCUUCAAAAAGAUCGCUAUGGAGUUGGUCGGGAUGGAGAAGGAGACCGAAGCUGUGGACACGCAAAAUACGAAAAUCGACGUUACGGCACCAUCAACGAACGACGUCCCAGAUGCAUCAGCAUGCCAGUGUUAGUAGAGACAUUUCACGCAGGAGGAGAGUUUGAUAUCCGUAUUUGUUUGUCUGAGUAUUUGUAUUUCGUGGGUGCUUCCUUACUCUUGAAAGUACCCACAAGGCAUGCUGUUGUACACUCGUGUAUGUUGCCGGUCAGCAUCCCGCUGUACAGCUCAAGUGCUCGGAUUAUAGGGACUAGUAAUACAGUUUGCACUACUGUUAUC